AUGAAUCCUACCACAAUUACUUCCUCAAAUGUUUCACAUUUCUGUUCUGUAAGCCCAAGUGGCCGGUGCCUAUUUUUGCUCUAUCCAUACUUACACUUCGGAAAAGGUGUGAACUGUUUUGAAACGGUAGACCCUAGAGACAAUAAAGAUAAUUCGGUAACCGUCUCAAAAAGAUGUAUAAUAGAAGUAUUAAUUUUUGUAAGUAGUACCAUUUUGACAUGCGAUCAUUUAUGCGGUGACAGUUCAGCACAUUUGUAUGGACUUGUGAAACACUAUCAAUUAAAAUUUGCUGAUGGUGUUCACUGGAAGUCGAUUAUUUAUAAAGGCAUUGGUAAGGAUCGAGCUGGAGUGAAAAAGGAAUUAGAGAAAGGAGCAGUUGGGUGUAAAAGAAACCAAAGAAGCAAUGGUGAAAGUGUCGGUGAACAUCAAACUGCUGACAAGUUAACAAAUGUUGUAAGUGUGAUGAAGAAUGAAUAUGAAGUACGCCCUAAAUCUGAGAAUAUAUCUCUUAAUUGGCAGUUACCGAUCAACAUUAUUGGCCAAAAACUCAGAUCUAUCCUUCAUUUCAUUUGUAAGACAUCCUCACAUAUGGCACGGGAAAUAGCCAACAUCAAUGGAAUUUUUUGUUUAGAUGCUUUAUUAAUCUCAAUUUUUAGUCUUUUUGCCUACCCAGUGAUUGUCUACAUGGAGACAUGA